AUGGCUCUCCUCCCUUUUCCAGAGCUGGCAGCACAAGCCUGCAAUCAACAGCAACUUGAGGAAUGGGGCGAACGGGAAGCUUUUGCUCAGCAGCUUCAGAUGCUAGAUCGUAUACAAGAAGAUGAGGAAAAUGACGACAGAGCUCGUGCCAUGAGUGCCGAAUGGGCGACGAUUUGUCGUACUGCUGACUACACGGAGGCGGUAGUGUUGGCUAGAGACAACCAAAGAUGGGACAAGCUGAACACAUAUGAGAUGAUUCUAUGA